ACGGAGAGCUCAGUUGGUUUUCGUUCGUUGCCGAGUUAAGUUCACCGCGAUUCCACCUCCGAUCCGUGGAACAGGCAGCGGUUUGUGGCAGUUUGAUUCAAAUUUCCGAGCUGCGGGAGCUGGAGCACUGUCUUAACAACCUCUCGUUAACUAUACGGUACCGAAAUAAAGUGAACUUGUCGCUCAGCUAAAACUACAUUGCUAGCGCUUACAAAACAGCAUCGGAGCGGCCAGGAUGCAGACAGUCAUUAAGAACCCCAACUGGUGGCGCAGGCGCACCAAGCUGGAGAGGAGUCUGCUGGUGGUCAGCGGCAUCCUGUUCGUGGUCGCAGCCGCCGGAUUCGGGCUCUGGGCGAGCGAGGCUCUGAGGGCGGCCGGCGCUCCGGAGAGUCCGCAGGCCACCGCCCUGCUCGGCGACAGCACCACGAUCAACAAGGUGCCCCCGGGCAGCGCCGCCGACAAGGGCAAGUCGGGGGUGGACCCCAGUGAGGUGUGCCUCACCCAGGAGUGCAUCCACACGGCCUCCAUCGUGCUGCGCAAGAUGCGGCCCGAGGUGGAGCCGUGCGACAACUUCUACGAGUUCGCCUGCGGCACCUACCUCGAGGAGGAGAACAUCCCCGAUGACAAGGUCGCGAUCAGCACCUUCUCGGUGAUCUCCGACAAGCUGCAGGAGCAGCUGAAGGACAUCAUCACCGCGGAGCGCCCGGAGUCGGAGCCGAAGCACUUCCGCCUGCCCAACCUGCUCUACAAGGCCUGCAUGAACAAGACUCUCAUUGAAAGCCUGGGCGCCGAGCCCAUCACUCGGGUGGCUGAAAAGCUGGGCGGCUGGCCUCUGAUCAAGGGAGAGGGCUGGAACGCGGACGACAGCUGGACCUGGCAGGAGCAGGUCAAGAAGUUCCGCAAGGCCGGGUUCAGCAUGGACUACAUCAUCGACUUCUCCAUUGGCGUGGAUCUGCAGAACAGCACCAAGCGCCUUAUAGAUUUGGACCAGUCGGCGCUGGCCCUGAGUCGCGAGUACCUGGUAAAGGGCUUCAACGAGACCCUGGUGAAGGCCUACUACGACUACAUGGUGGACAUCGCCGUGCUCUUCGGGGCCAACAGGGAGCUGGCCAAGACGGAACUGCUGAGCUCGCUGGAGUUCGAGAUGGCCCUGGCCAACAUCUCCUGGCCCAACGAGAAGCGGCGCAACUCCUCGGAGCUGUACAACCUGAGGACUCCGGCCCAGCUGCAGGCGGCCUAUCCGUACGUGCAGUGGGUGGACUACAUGAACGCGCUGCUGCCGGAGGGACUGGUCGUGGCCGCGGACGAGAUGAUCAACCUGUCGGUGCCCAGCUUCUUCGAGGACCUCGGCAAGCUGCUGGCCAAGACGCCGAAGCGGGUGAUCGCCAACUACAUGUUCUGGCGCAUCCACGGCUUCUCGGUGGGCUUCCUCAGCGAGGAGUUCCGCAAGCGGCAGCUGCAGUACGCCACCGCCCUCUCCGGCCGCCAGGAGCAGGAGGCCCGCUGGAAGGAGUGCGUGGACAUCGCCACUGGCAGCAUGGAUGAAGAAUCCGAAGAAGAUUUCGAUAGCCUCGGCAUUUCCGUGGGAUCGCUCUACGUCCGCAAGCACUUCCACAAGGACUCGAAGGCCAACGCCCUGGAGAUGGUCAACGACAUCCGCGACGUUUUCAACGACAUCCUCGACGAGGUCAACUGGAUGGAUGCCAAGACCAAGAAGGAGGCCAAGGAGAAGCUGCACAGCAUGGCCACCCACAUCGGCUACCCGGACGAGAUGCUCGACAACGAGAAGCUGGCCAAGUACUACGCCAAGCUGGACAUCGACCCCGACCAGUACUUCCAGUCCUUCCUGGGCAUGAACAUCUUCGGCACCAACUACUCCUUCAACAAGCUGCGCCUGCCGGUCAACAAGACGGACUGGGUGCGCCACGCCCGUCCUGCGAUCGUGAACGCCUUCUACUCCUCCCUCGAGAACAGCAUCCAGUUCCCGGCCGGCAUCCUGCAGGGACACUUUUUCAACGCCCAGAGGCCCAAGUACAUGAACUUCGGCGCCAUCGGCUACGUGAUCGGCCACGAGAUCACCCACGGCUUCGACGACCAGGGUCGCCAGUUCGAUGUGAAGGGCAACCUGCGGGACUGGUGGCAGCCGGACACCCAGAAGGCCUACCUGGCCAAGGCGAAGUGCAUCAUCGAGCAGUACGGCAACUACACGGAGCGGGCGACGGGUCUUAACCUGAACGGAAUCAACACGCAGGGCGAAAACAUCGCCGACAACGGCGGCGUCAAGGAGUCCUACAUCGCGUACCGGAGGUGGGCUCAGAAGCACGGACCGGAGCCGAAGCUCCCCGGCCUGGACUUCACGCCGGAGCAGAUGUUCUGGGUGGCAGCCGGCCAAACCUGGUGCGCCAAGUAUCGUAAAGAAUCUCUCAAGAUGCGUAUUACCACCGGCGUACACUCGCCCUCCGAGUUCCGUGUCCUGGGUUCGCUCAGCAACAUGAAGGACUUUGCCAAGGACUUCCAGUGUCCAGAGGGCUCGCCCAUGAAUCCCGUUCAGAAGUGCGAAGUGUGGUAGGAUCUGUUCCGGCUUGAAUUACGGGUCAUUGUGUCCCCGCGGCGCAACAAGUAAUAUAAUGCAUGGAAUGCCAGCGAUCAAGCCCGAUUUUAGAAGGGCUAAUCUCAAGUAGAAAUACAAAUACAAUACCAAGCGUAUCUAUGCUAAGUGUGCACUAUGUAAAAAUCGUAUUUAAUAAAACAAAUUGUUUAUAUGUGA